GUCCAUGUUAGGUACCGUUUCCUUUGCCAGCAACUACGUUGAUGAGGCGCUGAAGGAAGGGAAUUGGAGCUGCCUUUAUUUGAUAUGGGGACAAUUGCCGCAGCAACCAACGACUUCUCUAUCCAAAACAAGCUUGGAGAAGGUGGCUUUGGGCCCGUCUACAAGGGCAAACUGAGAGAUGAACAAGAGAUAGCUGUGAAGAGGCUUGCAAAGACUUCGGUGCAAGGCCUCGAUGAGUUCAAGAAUGAGGUAAUGCUCAUUGCCAGGCUUCAGCAUCGGAAUCUUGUACGGCUUCUUGGUUGCUGCAUUCAAGGAGAGGAAAGGAUGCUGCUCUAUGAAUACAUGCCUAACAGAAGCCUGGAUGCCUUUCUGUUUGAUAAAGCUAAAGCUGCACUGCUCGAUUGGCGAAUCCGCUAUAACAUCAUACUAGGGAUUGCUCGUGGAAUUCUCUAUCUUCAUCAAGAUCCAGAUUUAGAUAUCCACAGAGAUCUCAAGGCUAGCAACAUUCUUCUCGACAAAGAAAUGAACCCCAAAAUAUCGGACUUUGGCAUGGCAAGAAUAUUUGGAGGGGAUGAGACAGAAGUAAAUACACGCCGAGUAGUUGGCACCUAUGGAUACAUGUCUCCUGAGUAUGUCAUGGAUGGUAUCUUCUCUGUGAAAUCCGACGUAUUUAGCUUCGGUGUUUUAGUACUUGAAAUCAUAAGCGGCAAGAAGAACAGAGGGGUUUACACCUCUCAUCACCGCGUAAAUCUUCUAGGCCAUGCAUGGAGUUUAUGGAAAGAAGGUAAUGGCUUGGAGUUGGUGGACGAAUCAAUAGUUCACUCGUUUCCAAUGGGUGAAGCGUUGAGGUGUAUAAAGGUGGGUCUCUUGUGUGUUCAAGAACACCCAGAGGACAGGCCAACAAUGUCCUCUCUGGUGUUCAUGUUGGGCAGUGAAAGCGCCUCUCUCCCUGACCCUAAACAGCCUGGUUUUGUUGCAACGAAAGGCCACUUGGAAACUUAUUCAUCAUCAAGCAAGACAGACUCAUUAACUGUAAAUGGCUUAUCAGUUACAAUACUUGAAGGCCGAUAGUAAAUGCCAGAGCAAAUGCAACCACAAGAAAUUGUAAAUUUUCUACUGUGGAUUGGUAGAGAGGAUGCCAACCAACUAGUUAUCUUAAAA